UGGGUCCCCUCCAAUAUAAGCGUGGCACCAGUGCUUAAUUUAUCGUGACUUUUAAAGUAGGCCACGACUAAUAGUGACACCCUAUAUUCUUUGUAUCCACCUAUUCCAAUCCCAAAUCCUUUAACAUGGUGAUUGACUCCCACUGAAUACAUAUGACGUGCCCGCGUGGGUCACCGUUACCACGUGACUCCCACAAUGUACUUCUUAAGUUGUUUUCAAACAUCUUCGGAACUGUGUAUACUAUCUAGUAUCCGAUAGGAUUACCUUUUUUUUGUCCCAACAUGGGCUGCUGUAUGAGCGGACCCAAAUCGGAGUUUCUGAUAUAUGUUAGAACAGGGGAUAAAAAGAACGCUGGGACAGACGCCAAUGUGUUCAUAAUACUGCACGACGAUCAAGGUAACACGACCGGCCAGAUAACACUGGACAACUUUUUGCGAAAUGAUUUCGAACGCGGUCGCAUGGAUACAUUCCCUGUACCGAGAAGCAAGCUGUCUGCACUCGGUAAGAUUACCAAGAUCGAAGUUUGGAGGGACGAUGUUGGCUUUGGUAGUGACUGGUAUGUGGAGAGGAUUAUGGUAGAAAAUAAAGUAACCAAUUAUAUAUUUGUGUUUCCCAUAUUUCGAUGGAUUAAGCCAGAUUAUCACUACAUGAUCAAACAUCUCGACACCUCGCUUCCACAAGAAGACGAUAAUUCAGAACAGAGGAAAAUGGAGCUCGCGGAAAAGAAAUCGCUGUACCAGUUUGAACAAAAAAUUCCUGGAAUGCCUGCACAGAUCAAGCAGGUGCCUCCAGAUGAGCAGUUCUCGUUUGAUCAUAAGUGGGACAUUGUAUCAAAUAAAAUACAGCUGAUAGCUGUGAGUAAGAUUGUCAAACUGACAGCAGGAAACUGGGAAAGCCUUUCACAUUUGACAAACCUGUACACCAAGAAAAUUUUCCAUGUUCCUCAGGGGGCAGACAGGUGGAGCAAUGACUUGUAUUUUGGUAAUCAGCGUGUGGCAUGUCUCAACAACUGUAUUAUUGAAUUGUGCACAUCUAUUCCUACCAAACUGGCUGUUACAGAAGAAAUGCUCAAACCUCUUCUUGAAGGGCUCAGUAUUCAGGAAGCACUUGAUGAUAAGCGACUCUUUCUCUGUGAUUAUACCAUUCUGACAGGAGUUCCAUGCAAAGAGAAUUUCAUUUGUCCAGAUCCAAUUGGUCUUUUCUUUGUGAACGGCAACAAGCGAUUGGUUCCUAUUGCCAUACAGUUGUUUCAGACACCUGCUCCUGACAAUCCGGUUUUCUUGCCCACUGACCCUCCCAACACGUGGGCCAUUGUGAAGAUGUGGUUUAACCUUGCAGACUGUGCGGUCCACCAGUCACUCACACAUUUAGCAUAUACUCACCUGUUGAUGGAAGGUGUGAGUGUUGCCACACAGAGAAAUCUGUCUCAGUCACACCCGCUCUUCAAACUGCUAGCACCUCACUUUCUCUACAUUAUUGCAAUUAACAGUCGAGGGCUGGAGACCCUGAUUUCACCCAAUGGGUGGGUAGAGAAGGUCAUGAACAUUGGGACGGAUGGCAUGUUUCAUCUCAUAAAGAAAGGGUUAUCACAAUGGCGUGUUGAUGUCCACGGAACUUUACCUGAAGAACUAAGAAGACGUGGAUUUACAGACAGCAGCAUUUUACCAGGAUAUCACUUCCGUGAUGAUGCCCUGCUGCUGUAUGACUGCAUUGACAAAUACGUCACCAAUUAUGUCAAGCUCUACUACAAGGAUCCAUCAUUAAUCAAAGAUGACUGGGAAUUACAAGCCUGGGGCAAAGAGUUGGUGAAGGACAAAGAGGAUGGAGGUGUUGGUUUAUUGGGUGUUCCAAGCAAUGGAAAGUUUUCGUCUGUGGAAGACAUUGUUAAAAUUUGCAGAACAAUUGUGUACACAUGCAGUGUUUCUCAUGCAUCAGCAAAUUUCCCCCAGUAUGAAGAGUAUGGCUUUCCACCCAACUACCCGAGUUUCUUGAGAGGAGACCCACCCAAAGACAAGCUUUUAGUGGAGUACCAUAUCCGAGCUAAGAUGCCGAAGACCCCAGAAGACCUUAUCCCUAUAAUCAAAUGUCAUUCUUGGCCAUAUUCAGAGAGCUUGUUUGUUGUGCCUAACGCCCUGUGCCUUCUCAAUGACCCCAACUCAACUCCAGAUCCAACGAACUGCGGCUGGGUGAUUGAUAAUGACAUUCUGUUGUCUGGAAAAUGUCUAAAUUGA